GGCCUCGUAGUCCCCUUAGGGACCCAUGCCCUCUGUCUCCGCGCGAUGAUGUCAAUCAUCUGGAUCUGGAACACGAACGCCCUUCUCAAGAUAUCACACAACCUUUCCGCCAUCUUCUUCGUCUUCGUCUUGCAAUGGGACCAGCCCGCCGAAUGGCCAGCCCUGUUCGGCAGCCUCGCUGAGGCAUACUCGUUGCGGCGGUUUUGGGGCGUGUUCUGGCAUCGGCUGCAUGUGAAGCCUUUUGAGGCGUAUAUGCCCCCUUUCCUUCGACGUUAUUUGGAACAAGAGCAAGGUGAGGGGCAAUGGAGGAUAUUGAACAGCAGUCUCAAGGCUCUUUGGAUUUUUCUGCUAUCUGCUGGCUGCCAUUCGUUGACUGAUUGGGUGUUAAUAAGGAAGAAUACCUCGAGGGAGAACUUUCGGUUCUUUCUUACUAACUACGUAUUGUGUCUAGCUGAGACGGUUGUG